AACAUCUCUUUCUCUCUCUCCAGGAAUUGAGGAUUAAAUUCAGGGAUUGCUCGAAUUCGCUCUGUGAAAUCAGAUACAACAAUAUGUUACUCCGAAAACUAUAAUACCGAAAUUGUGGAAUCUCAUAGAAACCUGUUAGAUGCAUCGGUGUGUUCAACGAGAUCUUUCAACGCAUCACCAAGCUCUUCAAACUCGUAUAUGAAUGUACGCACUCUUUUUUCAAAAGCCGGUGCAAAGAGUAGAGUCGAGCAAGAUGAUGAUUUGGAGGAUGCUUUUUUCGAACUCGAAGCUCCACUUGGUGCAGUCCGAAAAGCUGCUUCUGCAGAUGACGUAGAUGAUUCAAUGUCUGAAUCAGAUCUGUACGAGGGUGAGAGUGUCACUACUGAGGGUGAUGCUGAAAAGAAAAGUUUUCCCAAAACUAAUCCUCAUUCAGCAUUCACAAAGGCUGUACUGGGUGCUCCGAUUGUAUCGGUGGUCAAGGUUUUGGAUCAAUGGGUCAAAGAAGGAAACGAGCUGACUAAACCAGAAGUGUCUUCAACCAUGGUUAAUCUUCGGAAGCGGCGAAUGUUCGUCAAGGCCUUGAAGGUGUGUUACAUGCUUUUCUUGCAAUCAGUUGUUACUUCUGUACAAGAGAAGCGACAACAAGAAAAUUUCUGACGUUUUGUCGUUG